CGUGCCCAGGGCGCUGAUGUAAACACAAAGUACGCCUCAUCCCCGUCGGAUAAGUGACUGGAGCGAAUUGGCGAGAUUAACCCAAAUAGCUGUGGUUGUCGGGGAAAACGCUCCGUCGCCCGUUGUGUAUAAUAUGCUUUAAGGCACGGAAAGGCGACGUCAUGGACUUCUACAUCAAUCUGAAGGUGAAUUUCAGGGGAAAUUCCAAAAAUUUCCUCCUGUCGGGAUCUGAGACCAAGAGCUGGGAGUCAAUGGAGGCAAUGGUGAAACGGUCUUUUGGUCUCUCCAGUCUUCAGCUGACUUAUUUCGAUGAGGAGAACGAGGAGGUGUCCAUUAACAGCCAAGGGGAGUAUGAAGAGGCAUUGAAGAGUGCAGGGAGGCAGGGGAAUCGUCUGCACAUGAAUGUGUACGAGACUCGAGGACAGCCGACCAGGGUCCCGACCAACAAGGCCAGUGCAACAGAGCCGAAGAGGGGCUUCAGACCCCCACAGCACUGUCCCGCUCUGGCUCAGGUGGUCAGCCGCAAAGUCCAGGCUGCAGUGCCGGAUCAGGGCAUGUUAAUUCUGAAAGAAGUGAAGGGGACUAAAGAAGAAGACAAGACUCCUCCAGCCUGGUUCACCUCUUACAUGGAGAAGUUUAAGGACCAGGUGGUUCGUGAGGCCGUGGAGAAGAUCUGCCGGGAGUUUUCUGGACAGUGCUGCAUCCACAAACCCCUGGGAGGAAGUGGAGGAACAGGGGUGGGAGGCGGAGGUAGAGGGGGAGCAGUAGGAGGAGCAGAAGCUCAGCAAGUCCCUGAGGUUUCCUCCUCCACUCUGCCUGGAGCUCCAUCCUCCUCCACCCCUCCCUGUUCUUCCUGCAGGGGGCAGACCACUGGAGGAGGCUACCAGUGCAGUGUGUGCACCUCCUGCACUCUGUGCGAGCCCUGCAGCUUCUCUCACGAUCCCAGUCACAACCUGGUGAGAGCAAGGACUCCUCUGUCCAUCCCAGAGCACGGGUCACCUGCCCCCGACCACAGCAGGUUCUACAGACGAGGGGACCGCAGUUUCCGGAAGGCAGAGAAGCAGCGUCUGAAAGCAGAGAAGCGCCUGCUGAAGGCCGAGGUCAAAGAGAUCAGAAAACAGUUGAGGAUGGAGAGGCGGGGCAUACAGUGGAGUUCCUCCCACAGAGACGGAAGCUCCUCCCCUGUCCUCUUGCAGCCGCGAGCCACACAGCACAACAGUCCUGAGCGCCCAAAGCGCCCCUGUCCCCUGGUGGUUCCCGCCAUGACAGCUGCAUUUCUGGACGAGAACCUUCCUGAUGGAACGCGUCUGCGACCCGGGACCAAGUUUAUAAAGUACUGGAAGAUGAGGAACACUGGGACGCUUAACUGGAGUGCAGAUACGAAGCUGAAAUUCAUGUGGGGAAACCUAGCGGUGGGAUCUGGGGACCGUUGGAGGGAGGUGUCUGUCCCCUUCCUUCAGCCUGGACAGGUUGGUAUAGUGAGUGUAGCACUGUGUGCCCCCACUGUGGAGGGCUCCUACACCUCCCACUGGCGUCUUGCCCACGCUGGAGAGCAGUUUGGACCCAGAGUCUGGUGCAGCAUCGUGGUCGACCCUCUGGCCCCGGCACCGAUGAUGGCUGAUGGGAUACUGGUGUCCCCAUGUGUCACACCACAGGGUAAGAACCCAGUGACAAAGGAUGGAAAAGCAUGUGCAGCCUCCAGAGAGCAACCAAUAUUGUCAGAGGACCAAGAAGAAUACUACAUCCCCUCUGUGGACCUGCUAACUGCACAGGAUCUUCUGUCCUUUGAGCUGUUGGAUAUCAACAUCGUCCAAGAACUGGAGAGCGCCCCAAACAACACGCCUGCUGAUGGCCACCUGCAGGACAAGAGCAGUCCCUCCUUGGGUCUCAUCCAGGAAGAGGCUGAAGUCAUCAACAGCAUCAUGAGUAAUGGAUCUUUUUCUAAAGAUGUUCCUCACGAAGUAGGUCCUGGAGCAGAAGGAGGCGGAGUCCCGGCUCAGGAGGAAGGGAAUGAUGACAUCAGUGGGACUCAGUUUGUUUGUGAGACUGUGAUUCGCUCAUUGACACUGGAGGAAGCCCCUGACCACACCCCUAUGAGAGGGCCUCGCUCAGGGACAGGUAAAGUGGUGCGUCCAGCUGCUCAGGGUGGCUCCUCCUCCUCCUCCUCCUCUGUGAAGAGUAAAAUAGUGAAAACAGAGGAGAGUCCAGACAGCAGCCCCAGCAGCCCCAAAACCCCCCAGAAACCUCCAGCUACACUGAAAGCUUCUCUGCCUCCUCUGCUGAAAGCCUCCCUGCCUGCUGCCUUAUCUGCAGCCCAGAUCCUGGGACCCGGCCCCAGCUCAGCACCCACACCGCUCCAUGGCUCACCCAUGGCUUCCACAAUGCAGGAGCACUCAAACACAGAUACAGUUGAGGAUUCUCCCGUGGAGAGCAUCUGCGUGGAGUCCAGAGUGAAGGAGAGCGAGAAGGAGCCUGAGGAGGAGAAGGAGAAAGAGGAGGAUGAAGAGGAAAUCGAAGGCAUAAGGAGUCGAUCGUCCUCCACCUCCUCAGAGGAUUACAUCAUCAUCCUCCCCGACUGUUUUGACACAACUCGCCCACUGGGAGACUCCAUGUAUAGUUCUGCUCUGUCCCAGCCUGGUGACAUCACAGACAAGACCCCAACAGACCCAGAAACCCCAUCUCCUGACCACACAGGCAGUUCCACCCCAGAGGGGCAGUCAGGUGAGGGUGACGCUGCAGCAGCGCCAGCGAUGGCGGUGUCGGGCACUAGCAGUGCCAAUGACAUGCUCUGCACGUCUCAGACGCUGGACGAUGAGCCUCUGACUCCUGAAGUUGUGGCACUGCCGAAAACCAUCGUCACCCCAAGUCCAGAGAGCAGUGGUGAAAUUGAUGUGGCUCCUACAGUGGACUCUACAGCUGAUGCAGAAGGAGCAGAGGGCUCAGAUCUGUACCAAACAGAGGAAGACUCUGAUCCCAAAAACACUCAGACAGAUGAUACUAAAGCUGCCGAAGGCACAGAGGAGGACAACCCUGAAGACCCCAGGCACCCAGGCAUUACCAGCGGCCUGGUGAAAGGAGCUCUGUCGGUAGCUGCUUCUGCCUACAAAGCCCUCUUCACUGGACAAGGCCCCACACAGCCUCCAGUGGAUGCGUCCACACAGGACACCAUGAUGGCCGUGCUGGUGGAGAUGGGAUUUGGGGAUCGACCGCUGAAUCAGCGGCUGCUAAACAAAUAUAACUACAACCUUUUAGAUGUGGUCAAUGAGCUGGUUCAGAUGACCGACAAUGACUGGUACUCUACACGCUACUGACAAAAGAGACAGGGAGAAGCUUAGGAAGGAGAGAGGAGAGAUAAGGAGGUGACACAGGAAUUCACAGAUUGGAGAAAGAAGAAACGGACACACUGGAAUCAAGAAAUUCAUACCUGCUCAUCUACUUUUUAACUCCCUCCUUCAGCCGAUCUCCCUACUUAUUGGUCCAGUUGGAUUGGUCUUCUGUUCUACCAUAUAAAGUAACAUUCCAGCAAACUCUCUGCUACUGUACUAGACCAACAAAAAACACAUUUCAGUAGUAUUCCUUUCAGUUAAGGCCUUGUGGGAAGCCUGGAAAGGGCACUGAGCAGAAUAAAAACGGAUACAAAUUUGUCUGUAAAAUAUUUAUGUAGCUUAGUAGUUAGCAGUAAGGAUUAGAUAGCAUGACAAUGCUACACAUAUUACCUUACUGCUUUGGCACGGGACAGUGAUAGAGAGUGAGGUACGAAGCAGCAAGAUAAUAUCAAGUAUCCACAUCUGCAAUGAGGAAAAUGGAGACAAAACUCCCAUCACAGAUCACUUUGGUACACAGCCAUUUAGUCAGAGCAUGUGUUUACAUACUGGACAUUAAGAUAGAAAAUCCACAUUGAAGUUACGGUGUGUUUUGCUUUGGACCAAACAGCUCAGAUCACUGAUAGACUUGCUUUUAACUAUGUGUCUGUGAGAUUGUCCCUUCCACGCUUUUUUGUUUUUUGCACACAAAAAAAUACUUCCUCAAUCGUAGCUUAGAAAAAUGAACAGGUUGUGAGUUACAUUUUUUUUUUUAAAGUAGCUGAGGGUUACAUUGUUGUGCAGGAGGAAGAUUUGGCAUAUCAGUUCAACACAGACAGGGGCGUCCAGAGGGCAUGGGCCCCCUUGAAAUCGUAUUAGCCAACCUAAAAUCCUUAACUAUGAUUGGCUGUUUGCUUUGCCAGAGGUGGGACUUCUGUUGUAAUCCACUAUUCAAGCUGUAUUUUAAGUGUAAAGAUGUUUGUUUGCAGUUUUUUAAAUAAUUUAAAUUGUGACUUAGGCUACUUUUUAUCCUUGAAAAAUCAACUAGAGAGUAACUGCUCAUGUAUGUGCAUCAUCACUUCUGGAGAGUGAUAAUGCUGGUUGGCGCACUCUUCUGGUGAAAGAGAACUGCUAGUGUAAUACAAAGAAACUCAAAUGAAAUCCUUUUCACUGGUAAAUAAAUCUAGUAACAUCAGCGCAUACCUGCGAUAAAAGUAGCCGAUACCAAUAGUCAUAUCGGCCGAUAUUAUCGGCUGGCCAAUUUAUCGGUUGGGCUCUACUACCAAUGUCAUAGUGAUGUACACAAGUAUGCACAAUGCUGCUUGAGUCAUACAGAUAGCUACUUGUCUGCAUAUUCAUGUUGUUGAAAACCAAGUAUAUCAGGAGCCUCUGAGCCGUGUACCUAGUCAACAGCUGUGUAAAGUGUGGCUACAUUUAAUAUAGUCAUUUUUGUUUUGUAGUGAUUGUCCAUAUCACUGGAGCUUACGUAGGGUUUUCAUACACCUCUCACAAAACGGUAUGCUAAACGUGCUGUAGGGGAGUUUAUGACUACUGAACAUGAAAAAAAGAAUCAAAUUCCAAUCCUGUUUUUGAUUUGGUGAUAGAGUUUUCACUUCAAUCUUGCAGGUAAUUCAUAAAGGGCCAUUCAUCCAUGUGAAACAUUUGAUUCCCCACACAUUGUUCUUUUGAUUUUCAAGCCUUUUUUAGGACUGAAAAUAAUAAUUCUGUGUGUGACCUAAACCUCCCGGUCAGACUUAAGCUCUCAGCAUGCUUCAAAUAAACGAGUUUGGUGUAGUUUGUUUUUUCUGCCAGUGGACAAUUUAAGGCACUUGAUUCAUUUUUAACAAACUUUGCUGUGGUUGCCGGUGCCUUUGUUCAGGCAUGUUUAAAGGAUGUCAUUAAACUCUGGCAUAGAUCAAAAAAAUUGACCUGGAAUGGUAUCUCAUCUGGUUUCAAGGCCACCUCAAACCGUUGGUUUUGAUGGGAAAGCAAAAUGCAGCAACCAAUGGGAAUGAAUUGUAGUAGAUACCAUUCUUAAUAAUGAAACAUAAUGUUAAUGUAUGAUCAUUGGGUAAACAUGAAGAUGAAUGCAUCUCAGCCCAAGGGUCACGUAAGUGAGACGUAGGAUUCCUGUUUUAGGCUCAAUUUCUACCAAGUUGCCAAUAUUUAAAUUUUUUGUGAUGAUAAUACAAGAUGACAUUUCAAAAUACUAUUCAGUGGAGGAAUCUGUUGUCAGUCAUGUUUACAGCUCUUGGUUUUCAUUGUGAACUAACCAGUAUGAACAUGAACUGGACCUGAAAGUAAAUGAAUGGGUUUAUUCCUUGUUUACAGGUGUGAACGUAACCAUGAUGACCCAAUAAAUCCCUUAUUUGAAGCAUACUGAGAGUAAGUUAGACGUUAAGUUGUUGGAAGUAAAUGUAGUUAACAAUCAGCCCUCUGCUAAAACUUGAAAUCUCUGAAAGGUAACAACUUUACAGCGGCAUGCUGCUGCCCUGAUGAUUCUGUUCAUUAACUCGAUCUGUUGUGAUUUGGCACAUUAAAUCUAAAUGUGACAUGACCGAAGACAAAGAGAUCUAUAUUAUUUGGGGGAAAGGCUGAAAUUCUAAAAUAUAUACACUUGAUGUUUCAUAUUUACAGAUGGGACCCUUCAUGUUGUCAGUGAAAGCUGCCUAGCAACAGAACAUUACUGAUAAAUAUCUGUUCGUCUCUUAUGUGAAAAUUGAAUUGAAUUCUCUUUUCAUUUAGAAUUUUUAAGCUACACAAGCUCAAGUCAAAUUUAACAUCAGGUGUCUCUGUCUUCUUUCACCUUGUGUUUGCAUUCUCUGAGACAAUAGGCUGCUUAAACAUAUAUACUGUAUAUUUGGGUAAAGCAAAAUGGAGUUAGUUAUACGACUUAAAAUAUAAUUUAGCCAACUCCACAUGUGUUCAUAUCAUUUUACACUCCAGUCCUCUGUUUAGUUUGUCUUAAAAGUGGUCAGGUGGAGGGACUGAUACUCUAAAAGCAUGUGUGCCUCUUUUAAGAGAGCGCAUGAAGAGUAUGUACAGAAAGAGUGAAGUCAUUCCAAGCUUAAUCGGGAAAUAAAAAAACGUGUGUAAUAAUGUGAAAAAUUUGUUAUUUUCCCUUCAAAUGUCUAAAUAGAUACAGAGCCUAGUCGGAUGCUAUGACUAUCAGUUAACUUAAUAACUUUCAGUUGGGAUUGUUUUCAGGUGUUUUUUGUUUUGAAUGCUUGAAGUUGUCUGGAAAUGUAAAAAAAAGAAAAACACUUUUAAGCUGUGUUCAAAGAAAAGCUGUUGUAUUUUUAGGCUUGUUGUGUGGUGGUUGAAUUUGCACUGCUGUAUGUGUGUGUGUGUGUUAGUGUUUUCCUUUGUGAAGUUGCCAGAUUGAUUUAAGCUUGUCUUUUUUUUUUGCCAAUGAGAGGGAUUGAAGACUUUGUGGUAAAGAUGAAGAAACAACAGCACUUUUGGCACUAAAGUUAUUUUCCUGCAUACAGUAUGUAGUUCUUAAAAUAGUUGUAUAAAAUCUUUUUAGCAAGGAUGCUUAUUCUAGAUUUAAUUUAUUUUGCUGGGCUGGGAUUGCAGAUACAAGUAGUUAAUGUCUAUAGAAAAGUAAAAAAGAGUAAUUGGAUAUUUUAGAGAGAGUACAAAAAAUGUAUUUGCUUUCUGCUGAAGGUUUAUCUGACUAAUCUAAAUCGAAGUUACUGCACAAGAGCAAACAUUUCAAAUGUGGAGCUCUUUGUUUUAAAAGUACAGAACAUCAGAUACCAGCUCGGACAAAGAGGGAUUUACAUUUUUAGUUAUCAAAACAUAACUAUUUAAACUGCUGAAUAACGUAAUCCAGACAGAAUAAUGUGGACAUUUUCCUCCAGCUAUGCUCAGUUAUUCAAAACCAAAGUUUUCAGUCGACACAAGAUUGAGACCUAAAAGAGUUGUUCUGUCAGCGACAACACAAGAGUACUGUUAGACAGAGAUCACUGUUGAGUUCACACAUGACUUUCAAAAAUGAUUUCACUAACCUAACCCGAAUUUAAACAUGUUUUGGGUACAAAGAAAAUUGCAGAUUUAAUGACUCGUGUAAUUAUUUUUUUAGAUGUGGAAUGAAUCCCCUGCUGCAUAUACACAGUUUGUGGGUGGGAAGGCUGUUUACUGCCACAGCUUACCUUAUCUUUAUGUUAUUUAUUCCAAGGUUUAAUUUCACACAGUCACUUAACUGAACCCUCACCACAGUCCCUUUAACUGACACCAUGCUCCAUUCUGCUGAGAUUGAACCAGGCUGAAAUGUGCACUUGUGAUGAAGUGAAAAGUUUCACACACUGUUCUGUAUGUGUCUUUUAUUUAUAAAUCAACCUUUAUGUGUUCUGUGAGGAAUGUUCAGGUGAUUCUUUUUUUUUCAUUUGUUGAUGAAUAUAAGUGAAAUAUUUAAGGAAGAGGAGAAAAGCUGGAUUGUUUGAGCUUUUGUUUCUGUGUUGCACUUUAUGAACAAGGUUAUGAUGUACAAAUCUGUAUCUGAUUAAAGUCAUUACACCAA